GCUAUCGCAUUUCAUCCAAGUUUACACGCUGAAAAAACUGCGCAAUAAUUCAGAGGCACGGGUAGCCGGUGAGCAAGGGUUGAGAGAUGUACUCUGGAGGCUGGAGGUGCCUGUAUCUAAAGGUGCUCUGAGACAGAAGAAAGGACUCUCCAGUCAACCGCAUUGAGUCUGAAGAGAUAUAUCCACUGGGACUCAAGGGGAGCGAAGGAAACGUACAAAGGACCACUGUUUGACAUAAACCUUCCUUUCGUCGCGCUAUCGGGCGCUGCUAUUAAUGACAGAGCGCUGGCAGUCUAUUAAAAUUCGUGUGUAUAAUCCUCGACGUGCAGACUUCAGCAGGCGAGACAAGCAAUUUACUUCCCACCAAAAAAAAAAAUCGACUUGCACAAAAACAGAUCUUGAAAUCCUAAAGCUUUGAGAAUAUUUAAAUUAUUUGCUGAGGUGCUUUUUUUUGUUAAUCGCUAUUAAAGGCUUUAUAGCGGAUAGUGGGAGAGCUAAGAGGGUAAAUGACUGGACAUUUAAGCCAACGUCACUGGAUGCGUGUGUAGUGUUUGGAUGUUUUGGCAAUUUGGACCUCUUUAAGUCUUUAAGGAGCAGAUCCACACAAAAAAAGUGCUUGUAUUGUUUCUGAGAACAGCUGGAAGAGCGGGUUGAAGUUGCCCUGCAAGUUGGAAAAAAUAAGUUGAAAGGAAAGAGAUGCCCACUAACGGAACCCACCAAGCUUUAAAGAUCCAAUUUGGACUAAUCAACUACAACAACAAAUACUUGACGGCAGAAGCGUUUGGUUUCAAGGUGAAUGCAUCAGGCGCCAGCCUAAAGAAGAAACAGAUCUGGACGUUGGAGCAAGACGAUGGCAAAAACUCCGUGGUCUUUCUCAGGAGUCACCUUGGGCGCUACCUGUUGGCUAACAAGGAUGGCAACGUGUCAUGUGAAGCCGAGAAGCCAGACGAUGACUGUAGGUUCACGGUCAUUGCACAUGGCGACGGCAGGUGGACCUUGCAAUCUGAACCCCACAAGCGCUACUUUGGUGGAACCGAAGACCAUCUCUCGUGUUUUGCCCAGAACAUCACCGAGUCUGAAUUCUGGUCUAUUCACCUGGCCAGCCAUCCCCAGGCGAACCUUUUAAGCGUCAAUCGGAAAAGAUACGCCCAUCUCUCGAUGCAAGAGGACGAGCUAUCCGCUGAUAGCAACAUUCCCUGGGGGGUGGAUGCUCUCAUCACUCUGAUCUAUCAAGAUAAGAAGUACAGCAUCCAGACCUGCGACAACAGGUUUCUCCGUACCGAUGGGAAGCUAGUUAACAAGCGAGAUUUGGACACUAGCUACACCUUGGAAUUUAAAGCUGGGAAAAUCGCCUUCAAGGACCACGAGGGGAAAUAUCUGAGUGCAAUGGGACCGAUUGGCACUCUGAGGUCGGGAAGAAACUCCAAGCCUGGCAAGGAUGAUCUCUUCGAUUUGGAGCAGAGUCACCCCCAAGUGGUUUUACGGGCUUGCAACGGCCGCCUGGUAUCAAUCAGACAAGGCGUGAAUAUCUCUGCCAACCAGGAUGAAGAAACACAUCAGGAAACGUAUCAGAUGGAAAUUGAUAAAGAGACUAAGAAGUGUAUCUUACGUACACACACGGGCAACUUCUGGACAUUGGUGGCUCAUGGAGGGAUCCAAUCCACAGCUACCGAAGUAGAUGCCGACUGUAUGUUUGAAAUAGUAUGGCGUGGGAGAAGAAUCGCACUCAAGGCCAACAAUGGCAAAUACGUAUGUACAAAGAAAAACGGACAGCUGGCAUCUGUGAGCGAUUCAGCUGGUGAAGAUGAAGAGUUUACACUGAGACUGAUUAACAGACCUAUCCUGGUUCUACGAGGAGAUCAUGGAUUUGUCUCCCACCACAAAAGCUCCAGAACACUCGAUGCCAACCGGUCGGCUUAUGAUGUCUUUCAGCUCGAUUUUGAAAAUGGAGCCUAUCAGAUUAAAGGCUCAGAUGGCAAGUUCUGGUGCGUAUCCAGUACCGGCACAAUCUGCACUGACAGCACCAUUCCUGAAGACUUUUACUUGGAGUUUCGAGAUCACGGUCGACUGGCCAUCAAAGGAAAGAACGAAAAAUAUCUGCGAGGAAACCAAGCAGGCACACUUAGAGCAGACGCGGAUGAAGUAGACAGUUCCACAUUGUGGGAAUAUUAAAGAAUGGACAGUCCCAGUAGACCGUGUGAAUUAGAGAUGCGUUCUAUGUAUGAUGUGAUGGAUAUGUAGGGAAAAAUCAUAAGACAAUCUGCAAAGAUUAAUAUUAAAUGUUAAAUUAGGCCCUUUGUUAAGAAUCCACCAUUUCAUAAAAUCAACAGAUCAUAAGUGAUAGGAGCAGAAUUAGGCCAUUUGGCCCAUCAUGUUUACUCCGCCAUUCAAUCAUGGCUGAUCUAUCUCUCCCUCCUAACCCCAUUCUCCUGCCUUCUCUCCAUAACCUCUGACACACGUACUAAUCAAUUUCAAUUUUGGGCAGCUUACAACCCAGUGGUAGGAAGAUUGAUUUCUCCAACUUCAAGUAACCCUGGUAUCCCCUCUCUCUCCGUCCCUCCCACACCCAAUUUGUUGUACUAGAUUUAAAGUCGGCUUGUUGUCUCAUUAUCUGUCACUCAAUUUCACCUCGCCCAUAGCUAACAAUGUUUCCUUUAUCAUCAUUACUUUUUUGCAUAUCUUUAAUUCAUUUGUUCUAUAUCUCUCUAUAUCAACGUCUAUAUCUCUCGUUUCCCAUUCCCCUGAUUGUCAGUCUGAAGAAGGGUCUCGACCCGAAACGUCACCCAUUCCUUUUCUCCAGAGAUGCUAUAUGAUCCUCUGAGUUAUUCCAACUUUUUGUGUCUAUCUUCUGUUUAAACCAGCAUCUGCAGUUCCUUCCUACGCAUUUGCAUUUGUCAUCUGAUCUGUGGAGCCCAUUUAACACUCACAACAUAUACUUUGGAGAUAAUGAUUGCAUGAUAUGCUUGGCAUUUCAGUCUCAUUCAAGGACAGCAGUAAGCUAUGUAUUGUCUUUUAGGCUUCAGUUUCUCACAUUUAUUGCAGGAAAAUAUUUUAUGAAACUCAUUCUAGUUAGGUGCUAACUGAUUGCUUUGUAUAUAUGGUGAGGUUUUAUUUCAUCCUUGAUUAGAUAAUAUGUACUUCUGCUAGUAUAGCACGGAGACUGGGAACAAGUGAAAAACAACUGUAUAUAUUGUAGAUCUCAGCCUCAGUUAUGAUGCUUAUUAUACAGCAAGCAUGUUUUUUAACGAUAUAGCAUUGAAACAGGCCGUUCAGCCCACCAAGUCCAUGCUGUUCAUCGUCACCCUUUCCCACUAGUUCUAUGUUAUCCCACCUUUGCAUCCACUCCCAAUACUCUGGGG